AUGAAGGCUAACAUCAUCAACCCGCCGGAGAAGGAUCCGAAUUUGAUCAUGACUGUAGCUGACCAAGGUCAGGGAGGUCUCGAGGCAAAAACCCGACCAAAUUCGACCACUCAAUCGUCGAUUGCUCUGACCAAGGAUAAUCCUGCCAUCACGACUCCCAAGCGCAGCAGCAAGCGAUACCCUUCAGAAACCGCCAAGGAUGGCGCAAUGAAAGGAUGCUCGCUCUUCCCAUCUGAAGUUGCCCAAGGUCAGGACGUCCCCACGAGCCAACGCAAGCAACCCCCUCCUUCCAAAACCGCCGAGGAUGGCACAGUGCAAGGACGAUCGCUCGUUGCCUACAUCACGAAACUCAAGGUGUCAACGUUUCACAGGCUCUACAAGAAGGCUUGGAGGCAGGAGGUGUUUUCUCUCGCAACGGCCCAAAUCAUUAUCACUACUGACAAAAAGUUGCCUUGCUUUUGGGAAUUCUCGCUCGUGUUUGACCCGACAUUAAUUCUUCAACGCGCCAAGCCGCUGACUUGGAUGUGGCUAGCGGCAUCCAAACUCUUUGCUAAUCCUUGGACAGUCCCUGCUAUCAUUCCUCACAUUGUGGAGGAAUUUGAGCGACUAAAACGAGAGCCAACAAUAGCCAAAGCUCAGUCCAAGUUUAAGAAGCGACUCGCAUCCACGCCAGCGAACCUGAAAGGUGCCGGGGCACACGAUUCUCCCGAGAACCUCAAUCCAAGCAAUGAACCCAUGGAAUUUGUUGAAAUUGUUUGGCAUGCUGGGACAUGCAGGGCAACAAUGACCUUGUGGAAGAGAAGGACCUGA